AUGAAGAAGGUCGAGGAAUACAAAGCCGACCCGUACUUAGCCACCGUGCUUAAUUGCGCAUUAUGGGUCUUUUAUGGCUUACCAAUAGUCCAUCCAGAUAGCCUUCUUGUGAUCACUAUUAAUGUCACUGGUCUUGCCAUUGAGCUCUUCUAUCUCUCCGUCUACUUCUACUUUUCUCCCACCCCACGCAAGGUGAAAGUGGGACUAUGGCUGAUAGGAGAGAUGGUAUUUGUAGGAAUAGUAGCCACAUGCACAUUGCUAUUGUUCCACACACAUAACCAGAGAUCUACUUUUGUUGGAAUCAUUUGUGUCGUUUUUAUUAGCAUCAUGUAUAUUGCUCCUCUCACCAUCAUGAGUAAGGUGAUCAAGACCAAAAGUGUGAAGUACAUGCCGUUCUCUCUCUCACUUGCCAACUUUCUGAACGGAGUUAUUUGGGUUAUUUACGCCCUCAUUAAAUUCGAUCUUUUCAUUUUGAUUGGAAAUGGACUAGGAACAAUAUCAGGAGCAGUACAGCUUAUACUAUAUGCUUGUUAUUACAAGACAACACCAAAAGAUGAUGAAAAAGAGGAGAAUCUUUCUAAGGCUAACUCUCAGUUGCAACUCAGUGGUAACGAGGAACAAGCUAAACGAGUUUCAGCUUGA